AACCGUAUGCAUGAGAGCAUGAAGCUGUUUGACUCCAUCUGCAACAACAAGUGGUUCACAGAAACCUCCAUCAUCCUGUUCCUCAACAAGAAGGAUCUGUUUGGUGAGAAGAUCGGCAGGAGUCCACUCACCAUCUGCUACCCCGAGUACGCAGGUGGGUGAUAAGCAUACUACAAGAAUCACACACACACAUACACACACACACACACACACACACACACACACACACACACACACAUACACACACACACACACACACACACACCGGUGCGCAUGUGAAGAACACACACACACACACACACACACACACACACCGGUGCGCAUGUGAAGAACACACACACACACACACACAAAACAAAUACAUGUGAAAUACUUGUAAGUGUUUGUGGUGUUCAUGAUUUAACUAGGAGUUUGUGUACUUUUCUUUUUAAGCACAAAGGCAAUGUUGUAAAAGCUGUUCAUACCGGUUGUGUUUCCUAUUUUCGGGACAGUUCCAUUGGUUCCAUGGUACCUGGCAAACUAAAUCAAGGGUCUUUAAAUAGUAACUGUUGGCUUUUUUUCUGAACUUCUCAGAAGUUUGCUUUGGCUUGCAUUUGUACUACCGAUAUCCGUUGACAUUUGCUCUGUGACCGUCUUAAAAUAAAAAAAUGUUGGUCUGCUAUAUAUAAUACAAGGAGUCACUAGGUGGCGCAUGGGUUUCAAGUUUUGAGGAAGCUGUAUUUUUUCACGGCCUAUGAAAAGGGGAGACGUGUAGGCCAUGACGUCCGUCUAGCCUGGAGGACGAAGUUAUUGUCCCAAAAAAAAGAAAAAAAGAUCCAGUCUCGCCCAAUGAUAAAGACACUGAAAUAUGCACACUCACCGGGGAUAUGGUUGAUGCUCUCUGCCAAUAGGACAGGCUACUAAGAUAGAGAUCCAAUAAGAUGGGCUACUAAGAUAGAGAUCCAAUAAGAUAGGCUACAGGUAGCUUAGUGGUUAAGAGCGUUGUGCCAGUAACCGAAAGGUCGCUGGUUCUAAUCCCCGAGCCGACUAGGUGAAAAAUCUGUCGAUGUGCCCUUGAGCAAGGCACUUAACCCUAAUUGCUCAUGUAAGUCGCUCUGGAUAAGAGCGUCUGCUAAAUGACAAAAUUUAAAAAAUAAAGAUAGGCUACUAAGAUAGAGAUCCAAUAAGAUGGGCUACUAAGAUAGAGAUCCAAUAAGAUAGAACGUUAAGGAAGUCUCGAGGUUCUGCUUUGCCUGAGUUUAUUUACCAAGAGAGUAUUCAUCUAUACUGAACAAAAAUAUAAAUGCAACAAUUUCAAAGAUUUUACUGAGUUACAGUUCAUAUAAGGAAAUCAGUCAAUUGACAUAAAUUCAUUAGGCCCACCAACUUGGGAGCCAGCCAAUCAGAAUUCGUUUUUUCCCGUAUGUGGAGGUCCUAGGCUGGCGUGGUUACACGUGGUCUGCGGUUGUGAGGCCGGUUGGACGUACUACCAUAUUCUCUAAAACAACGUUGGAGGAGGCUUAUGUUAGAGAAAAUGAACAUUCAAAAGUAUGGCAACAGCUCUGGUGGACAUUUCUGCAGUCAGCAUGCCAAGUGCAUGCUCCCUCAAAAACUUGAGACAUCUGUGGCAUUGUGUUGUGUGACACAACUGCACAUUUUAGAGUGGCCUUUUAUUGGCCCCAUUGUGCACCAGUAUAAUGAUCAGGCUGUUUAAUCAGCUUCUUGAUAUGCCACACCUGUCAGGUGGAUGGAUUAUCUUGGCAAAGGAGAAAUGCUCACUAACAAGGAUGUAAACAAAGUUGUGCACAAAAUUUGAGAGAAAUAAGCUUUUUUUUUGCGUAUGAGAAAUGUCUGGGAUCUUUUAUUUCAGCUCAUGAAACAUGGGACCAACACUUUACAUGUUGCGUUUAUAUUUUUGUACAGUAUAUAUUUUUCGUAGCUGUCUAUUUACCAACACAAACCGAUGCUGGCACUAAGACCGCACUCAACGACCUGUCUAGGGCCAUUUGCGACCAAGAAAAUGUUCACCCAGAGGCAGCGCUCCUAGUGGCCGGUGAUUUUAAUGCAGGAAAAAUGUAAUCCGUUUUACCUCAUUUCUACCAGCAUGUCACCUUGGCAACUAGAGGCGGGGGAAAAAAAACUUUGGAUCACAUUUACUCCACACACAGAGAUGCAUACAAAGCUCUCCAUCGCCCUCCAUUAGGCAAAUCUGACCAUAACGCUAGCCUCCCGCUUACAAGAAAAACCUCAAACAGGAAGUACCAGUGACGCGCUCAAUACGGAAGUGGUCUGAUGAAUCAGAUGCUGAGCUACAGGACUGUUUUGCUAGUACAGAUUGGAAUAUGUUCUGGGAUUCGUCCGAUGGCAUUGAGGAGUUUACCACAUCAGUCACAGGCUUCAUUAAUAAGUGCAUAGACGACGUCGUCCCCACAGUGACCGUACGUACAUAUCCCAACCAGAAGCCCUGGAUUACAGGCAACAUCCGCACUGAGCUAAAGGCUAGAGCUGACGCUUUCAAGGAGCGGGACUCUAACCCGGACUCUUAUAAAGAAAUCCUGCUAUGCCCUCUGACGAACCAUCAAACAGGCAAAUCGUCAAUACAUCACAUCCUACUACACCGACUCUGACGGUCGUCGGUUGUGGCAGGGCUUGCAAACCAUCAUGGAUUACAAAGGGAAACCCAGCCGCAAGCUGUCCAGUGACGCAAGCCUACCAGUCGAGGUAACCAGACAGACAGCCAGAUAGAGCUUAGUACCUCUAAUACUAACCAGACAGACGGAUACAAACCUUAAUACCUCGAAUACCAAGCAGACAGACGGAGAGACGGACGGAGAGACGGACGGAGAGACGGACGGAGAGACGGACGGAGAGACGGACGGAGAGACGGAGAGACGGACGGAGAGACAGACGGAGAGACGGAUACAGAGCUUAAUACCCCUAAUAGUAUCCAGAUGUGAAUAGCCAUUAGGUACUAAAUCAUUGAAUCCAACUGUAUUGAGAUCCAGUCAGAAUAGGCACAUGGGUCCCCGGUUGUAUUAGGCUUCUUCCUGAUAACCUGAGUACCAUUUCUGGGUUUUGUGUCAUUAAAGAUUGUUCUGAAUCUAACAUCGUAUUGUCCAAUCCAGGCAUGCUUUAUAUCAUUUAUAAAAUGUAUUAAUUUAUACAGGGACAGUGCAUAUUAAUCAUCAGUGUGCACAUCAAUACAAAUAUGUCAUAAUUAGCAAAAGAGCUCAUUUUGGUCCCUCAUUUUUGUUCCAGGAGCCAGUACAUAUGAGGAGGCAGCAGCCUACAUCCAGUGUACUACAGUACCCAUAAUGCACUAUUAUUAUUACUAUAGGAGCCAGUACAUAUGAGGAGGCAGCAGCCUACAUCCAGUGUACUACAGUACCCAUAAUGCACUAUUAUUAUUACUAUAGGAGCCAGUACAUAUGAGGAGGCAGCAGCCUACAUCCAGUGUACUACAGUACCCAUAAUGUACUAUUAUUAUUACUACAGGAGCCAGUACAUAUGAGGAGGCUGCAGCCUACAUCCAGUGUACUACAGUACCCACAAUGUACUAUUAUUAUUACUACAGGAGCCAGUACAUAUGAGGAGGCUGCAGCCUACAUCCAGUGUACUACAGUACCCAUAAUGCACUAUUAUUAUUACUACAGGAGCCAGUACAUAUGAGGAGGCUGCAGCCUACAUCCAGUGUACUACAGUACCCACAAUGUACUAUUAUUAUUACUACAGGAGCCAGUACAUAUGAGGAGGCUGCAGCCUACAUCCAGUGUACUACAGUACCCACAAUGCACUAUUAUUAUUACUACAGGAGCCAGUACAUAUGAGGAGGCUGCAGCCUACAUCCAGUGUACUACAGUACCCACAAUGCACUAUUAUUAUUACUACAGGAGCCAGUACAUAUGAGGAGGCUGCAGCCUACAUCCAGUGUACUACAGUACCCACAAUGCACUAUUAUUAUUACUACAGGAGCCAGUACAUAUGAGGAGGCUGCAGCCUACAUCCAGUGUACUACAGUACCCACAAUGCACUAUUAUUAUUACUACAGGAGCCAGUACAUAUGAGGAGGCUGCAGCCUACAUCCAGUGUACUACAGUACCCACAAUGCACUAUUAUUAUUACUACAGGAGCCAGUACAUAUGAGGAGGCUGCAGCCUACAUCCAGUGUACUACAGUACCCACAAUGCACUAUUAUUAUUAUUACUACAGGAGCCAGUACAUAUGAGGAGGCUGCAGCCUACAUCCAGUGUACUACAGUACCCAUAAUGCACUAUUAUUAUUAUUACUACAAGAGCCAGUACAUAUGAGGAGGCUGCAGCCUACAUCCAGUGUACUACAGUACCCAUAAUGCACUAUUAUUAUUACUACAGGAGCCAGUACAUAUGAGGAGGCUGCAGCCUACAUCCAGUGUACUACAGUACCCACAAUGCACUAUUAUUAUUACUACAGGAGCCAGUACAUAUGAGGAGGCUGCAGCCUACAUCCAGUGUACUACAGUACCCACAAUGCACUAUUAUUAUUACUACAGGAGCCAGUACAUAUGAGGAGGCUGCAGCCUACAUCCAGUGUACUACAGUACCCACAAUGCACUAUUAUUAUUACUACAGGAGCCAGUACAUAUGAGGAGGCUGCAGCCUACAUCCAGUGUAAGUUUGAGGACCUGAACAGGAGGAAGGACACUAAAGAGAUCUACACCCACUUCACCUGCGCCACCGACACCGAGAACGUCCAGUUCGUGUUCGACGCAGUCACAGACGUCGUCAUCAAGAUCAACCUCAAGGAGUGUGGACUCUACUGA